AUGGGUCGCUCAACACUUCCACCAUCACUUCGACGAUCAAUUCGAAACUCUAAAAAAGCUAAAAAAAGACAAAGUAUUCUUACUGUUAGAAAAUCUUUCAAGCAUAAAAUUCCAAAAAAAGACUGCGACAAAAUUUCAGAAAUAAUUCGAGCUGAAGUAUCCCCACCAAAAACAGAAGAAUUAAUUGAAUCAGUGCUACAAGGUUCUAAAGAACUUCAAAUUAUUCAAGUCAGUCCUCGUCAGGCUUCUGUUGGAUAUCGAAACGUGUCGAUUGGCUCGAUGCCUCAUGAUGCGACUACAUCUUGUUCACAUGAACCCGAAUUAGGUUCACUUGAACCCGAGUUAGGUUCACUUGAACCCGAAUUAGGUUCACUUGAACCCGAAUUAGGUUCACUUGAAGAUAUGCCCCAGGAAUUGAUGACUCAAUGGCCACAACUUGAUUAUCUAUCACUUGAAGAUAUGCCCCAGGAAUUGAUGACUCAAUGGCAACAACUUAAUUAUCUAUCACUUGAAGAUAUGCCCCAGGAAUUGAUGACUCAAUGGUUAUAUGAUCCACAACUUGAUUAUCUAUCACUUGAAGAUAGCCGCUUUUAG